AAGUCAAACACCAUCAACAAUAAAAAAAACUUUCGUUCAAUUUAUUGUUGACACAAACCACAAUACAACAUGGAUGACUAUAUAACAGUGGUUGAAGUCGACGAUCCGACAUCUAACAAAGACACAAACCACCCAGGACACCAUCAAGUAGUCAAACGUAAUAACUCCAUUCAAGAUUCAUCAUUUAUAACAGUUUUAUCAAUAAACGAUGCGCCAUCUUUGACACAAACCACAUCUGUUAUACAUACAAAUGCUGCAACCGAUAACAUUAAUCGAUUACAUGAAAAUAAUAACAAUAAUAAUAAUAAUAUCGAAUCUGAUAUCGAAACUGUGCUAGUUUAUCGAUUACCCGGUGAACGUUUGGGAUUCGGUUUGAAAUUCCAAGGAGGCACUCGGAGCAGUGAAAAAGUACAGCGUUUGUUUAUACAAUCCUGUGCCAAAGACAGCCCUGCUUCCCGGGUCGAAUCAAGUUGGGGCAACCUCCGUGAAGGCGAUGAAAUUGUAUCAAUCGAUGGCAAAGCCGUUUGUGAAAUGACCCGCAUCGAUUGUGUGCGAUGUUUAAAAGACAAUGUUGCCAUUAAGCUGGUUGUUCGAAAUGGUUUCGGUCAAUUGCCGACAGGGGGCGAUGGUAGCGGUGAAGAAGAGUCUAGAAGUACAAAAAUGAGUCCCCCACCUCCACCGCCAGUUCCACCAAGAAAACUCGUCAAACGGAGGCAGAUUAAAGAUGGCAAAGUUGCCAACACAGUUGAUGAAAAGCCAUUCACUCCACCACCAGAUGCUGAAUAUUAUAUAAAUCUCUUCUCUGAUGAGAACAAUCUGAAAGCUGCCGGCUCAGAAAGUGAUGAUACCGCUAGUACAAUUUCAACAAUAUCCACUGUUAUCGAUAAAUUUUCGAUUAGUUCGAAUUAUUCAUCCGAAACAGAUCUGUCCAGCUUUUCCAGCAUGAAUGGAAAUUCUGUAAUGAAUAAGGCCGACUUGGCAAAGGUCUUGAAACCUUUUACAAUGCUCGAACAAGAAUUUAAAAUUGGUGAAGCUGCUGUCAAAAAUGAAGAUCCGGCAAAGAAGUUAUCGACAGCUGCACCAGCGCCCCCUACAAACAACUACGAAAAUAUCGAUUUAAAAGUUGAAAAGUUAAAUGUUUAUGAAAAUGUCGAACUCAAGCCUAAAGAUUCUACAGAUGGAGUUGAUAAAAAUGGUAUUCCAACUCCAAAGCCUAGACCUAGACAAACGGCCAUAGUUGAACCGAAAAAGCGUUCGAUAAUUCCAACGCCGAGAAAGUUCAAUGGAAUGAAAAUGGAAGUUCAGGAAUCUGCCGAGUCUCCUGUAAAAUCGGAAGAUAACAAAUUGAUAACAAAGAUCCCUAAAGCUAUUGCAGCUGUCUUUGGAUCAUCUUCACCGAAAGGAUCGGCAAUGGAACGUUCAAAGACCGAAAGUGAACUCAAGUUGAAUCAAUAUUCAAGGAGUACCUCUGAUUUGAGGAAACAAUGUGAACGAUUCCUUGAGUCUGAGGUCAAGAGUUCCCAGGAAAAUCUUGCUAUCGAAAAGCCUUCUUCGGAAGAUGGAAAAACUGGGAAAUCUAAAAUUCCCAUUGUACUGUCUUCAAGAAAGUCGUUAGAAAUGGAAUCUCCACCUAAAAUCGAGACUAUUCUUAUUAAACCACGAACAAUGGUCCAGAAACAAAAGUCAGAAACCGAUCUUAAGCUGACUUCAUAUCGUCCUAAAGAUCAACGUCCCACAAACCUGCCUAUUUUAAAGGCUACAAGCCCGGUGAAGCCCUCCCUUCAGCGAUCGAAUUCGGCAGAUUCCAAGGCGAGAGAAAGUCCAUUGCUUUUGAAAUCUCCCGAAAGGACUUUGAUUCCAGUUUUGAAUCAAUCCCCGACUUCCGAGGCAGGUUCUCCAACCAAAGUUAAGGGACCUAAGCCCAAGCCUCCAGAGAGGGUACAAUCUUUAGCAAAGACACAAAUUCCGAAGCUUCAUCAAGCUGGAAGUCCAGUAACCUCUUUAAGUAAUACCACUCAAUUAAUUGUCAAUAAUCUUGAACCCACCAUGAUUCCCGUGACUCCGCCCACACCGACAAUGCAGACUUUUAAACAAUCACCUUCACCUCCACUGAAGACAGCUUCACCACCACAAAAUCGUGAAAUCAAGUUCAAAAUUCAAACUUACGAAAGUAGUCAGUUGGAAAAGGAGAAAAAUCCUUUUACCGAUGUGAAUGGCAAUGAGGAAUCAGUUAUGCCAAGUUUGUUUGAUUUGGUACGAAAAAAUAGUCCCUCAAGUCAAAGGAAAGAAGAAGAACCAUCAUCACCACAAAAAAUUAUUGAGAAUUCAAAAAACUACGAGAAGAACCCGGAAAGCCCGGUUAUAGUAAAAAAGUGUAUUAAAAUUUCGGCGGAACAGCAACAAGCUGAUACUUAUUAUUCGUCAAGUUCAAGUGGAAGUAGUGAUGAUGACGAUGAAUGUGGAGAUGAGAAGGAAUAUGAAAUAGAAGAUGGAGAGAAAUUGGGACCUCCUGAGUUGGUAAAUGGGCCGGGGCCAUCAGAGGCUUAUUUCAAUAUGUAUUGGCAUUCGAAUAUGCUGCCGACUAUUGGAGAGGUGGAGGAGGAAUUUUCUUCGUUGGAAUUACAACAAGUUUCGAAUGGACCCAUUGUGAUUGUUAACGAUGUCAUUCAAAACCAUCAACAACCAAAACAACAACAACAACUACAAUCACAAUCACAACAUCAUCAACAAGAGAAUUUAAACAAACAAAAGAAACCCCCAUCUGCGGCUGAGAUAACAACUAAUUUCAUUCAAGCUGAAGUAAUAAAUGUCACAAAAAAUGAUAAUGAUAACAAUCCGAAGUCUAUUUCCUCGGCUGCUAUCAUCACAUUGCCUAAGAGUAACGCUGUUUUAACUUCCAAUACCAGUCAUAACAAGAGUAGUGAUAGUAAAACAACCCCUGCCUCUGUUAACGAUAUUAAACAACAACAAAAAACCAACACUGACAGUGAAAAUGCAGGUGAUAAGAUAACUGAUAUUGAUUUGUCGACAGCAACAAUUCCCCAAGUUAAAGAAUGUGAUUCGAAUAAAACAAAUGGCAAAAUUAAAAUCGACGACACGAAUGUCAUUGAAACAACCAGCAAUUCUCUUAUCACUGAAAAAUCCCACCCACCACAGGUAAACGUCGCAAAUUCUACUGAUAACGAAAUUAGUACUCGUGAUAGUUCCGUAAGCAAAGGUGUUUCGGAAGAGCUAUUGACACCAUCGUCGUCGCCGGAAGUUAAACCAAUCGAAAUGAAUCAAAGUGAAGACAGUCAAGUUUUAGUUGGACGAACUAUUACAAAAACUGUCAAAACGAUAACAACUCAAAAAACUGUAAAAUCAAGUAAAAAGAUUGAAAGUUUUGAACAAAUUGAUGGAAAUAAUCCAGAAACUCCACAAAUAAGUCUUAUCAAUAAAAGUGAAUCAAAUGAAGAAGUUAGUAGUUCUGUUAAAAAAGUUGAAGAAGUUAAAAUUCCUGCUGAUUUAGUUAAAGAAAAAAUCACAAAAGUUGCAGAAAUGGAAGAAACUUUUAAAAGUGAUAAAAUAGCCAGUACACAAACCAUUGAAAGAAAGGACGAUAAAGAACAUAUUCAUCAAUCAGUUGAAUGUCAAUCUGAACAAGCUGCUAUUAAGGCUACAAUAAAGGAAACUUCUGAGGAACCGAAGAAUCUACCGAAAGAUGGAAUAACCGUCACAGUAAAAACUGAGACGAGACUUAUUGAAAUGGGCAAAGGUGGUGAUGAUGAUAAGUCCGAUGAUAGGCAAAGUAUUGUUACUGGUAUUUUGAGUUUAUCAGAAAGCGGAAUUAGAACGAAACAAAAUUCCAAUCAAAUUGAGGUUGUUGAAUGUAAACAUGAGAAGCAAGAAGGCUUUGCUGAAAUCAACUUGGUCAGGGAUCUGAAGAAGAAGGAAGGAGUUAGUACUGAGAACCGAAAGUCGUUGGAAGGUGAAAAAGUGACCAAGAAACCUGAUGAAGAAGUGAAAGAAGUUCCAAUACUUGAAAAGACAGUUGAAGAAAUCUUGGAAACAGUGAAUAAAGAUUUGGUGAAGGAAGAAGUUCAACAGAAAGUUGAAGAACCAACAAAAACAAUAGAUGAAGACUUUCAAAAACCAUUGGAAACUAUCGAAAAAGUUGAGAACGAAAUAGUUUUUGAAAAAUGUAAACUGAAAGAUAAAAUUUCUAACACUAUUGAAAGCAUUUCGAAAAUCGUAGAAGAUGAGAAAUCACUUCCGAAGAUCGACAGUCAAUCAGCAGUACCAGUUGAACAAGUUGAGAAUACUAUUACUUUCGAGAAAUGUAAGGUAAAGGCUAAGGAAGCUCCUAAACCUGCAGCUAGAACUAAAUCUAUUUCCAACUCAGAGUCUGCUGAUGAAUCAACAGUGAAGUCUCAUGAAAUCACGGAAAAAACUGGUACUACUGAAACAAAAGAAGAAGUUGUGAAAUCACUUCCGAAGGUUAUCAGUGAACCGGCAGAAAUUAUCAAAAAAGUUGAAGAAGUUAUUACUUUCGAGAAAUGUAAAAUCAAGACUAAAGAUCCGAUAGAAACAGCAAUUGAAACCUCUUCAGAAACUCCACAGCCAGCUAAAAGAACUAAAACUCUUUCCAGUUCUGAUACUGGUGCUGUGCCAAAAGUUAAGUCUUUCGAAGUUAUUAAAGAAGCAGCUAAGAAACCUAAUGAAAUUGAGAAACCAAUUUUAGAAGUUCAAGUUAAUGUUUUGGACAAAAAUCUGCUAUUUUCAGAAGUUGAAUCAGCUGCUGAAUCUCAGAGUGUUAUAUUGGAGGAAUAUAUUUCUACAGUCUUGGCAUCUUCUGAAAUUGAUACUAUUUUAGAUAAAAAAGAGCCAGUAGCAAUCAAAGAAACUGUUGUAAUUGAAGAAAUUCAAACUGCACCAGAUUUAGCAGAAAAUGAAUCUAAAGGUUUUGAAGAAAUUUUCAAUGAUCCCGAUCCAGCUCCGUUGUAUGUUCUUCGGAAAAAUAUUAUUCACUGUGAUCCACCGAAACAGGAUCAGAAAACAAGUAAAUCAAGUUCAAAACUUACUACAUCUUCAAUAUCAAGUGAUCUUCCAAAAGAUCAAUCAAAAACUACUGAGAAAAAAUCUGAGAAAAUGGAAGAAAUAUCGACUGAUCUUCCAAAAAGUGAUAAUAUUAUCUCCAAAACUGCUUCUUCGAAAGAUCAGUUGAAACCACCUACGAAGAAAAAGGAAGAAGAAUUACCUUCAGCUACCAACGAGAUUCCAGAAUCGGCUCCUGAACAAAGUCUUCAAACAACGACUCCUGUUAAAAACCCAGCAGUUUCCAACGAUAUUUCGAAGACUGCUCCAAAAGAAGAUCUUCAGUCAAUAACUUCUGUUAAAAACCAUGAAGAAAAAUUGCCUUCAGCUUCCAGCGAUAUUUUGAAGACUACUCCAGAAGAAGAUCUGCAGUCAAUUACUCCUCUUCAAAACCAGGAUUCUGUUGCUAAAUCAGUAUCUGAUGAAAAACUUUCACCUUCGAUAACUGAUACUCAGGUAAACAUAAUUUCUGAAGAGGUCGCUGAAGUCUUGCCUUUGCCUGUUCCCAGAUCUUCAGCUGUGAAGAAUAAAUCAGAUAAAUCUGAAGCGAAGAUCAGUAAAGAAACUUCAAAAACUGAAGAAAUUGUACCACCAAAAGCUGAAGAUGUUUUAAAAACUCAGAAAACAACUUCAACAACCACAAAAGGUCAAGUUUGCAUGGAAGAAGAAAAAGCUGCAACAUCAAAACCUGAAUCUUCAAAAACUGAAAAGACUUUAUCUUUGAAAAAAUCUAAAUCCGAUGCUGAACAAUCGUCCCAAGCUAAAGUCGAAGUAAGACCUCGUGAAUUCACAGCCAAAGUCAUCGACGUUAUGAAGAAAACUCCAAUUGAUUCGAAGGACUCUCGAACAAAAUCAUUAAACAAGUCUUCAUCACUUCCAACAGAAGCUCGUACCGAACCAAAUGGAUUAGAAUGUAAAACAACAAUGCCUACUUCGACUGCAGCUGUUGCUACUGUCAACACCAACACUGCCACUGUCAUGGCCAUAUCAUCAAUGACAACUAAACCAAAACCAAUGGAAAGAAUAAUCCUAGGUGUUGAACAUAAUCCAGACGAUGGCAGUGGACAUGCAAAAUCUUUAAACGAAUUUCAAUCAAAAGUGAAAACAACUACAAAAACGACUACGAACAGUGAAAGUCAAGCUGGUCCAGAGGCGUCAAAGUCAUCAACGUCAACAACAACAGGACUAUCAUCAUCAUCAUCAACAUUAUUAUUUGAAUCAACAUUAACACCGAAAACAACAACAACUAAUACAACAUCGGCAUCAUUAGUGAAGUCAACAUCAUCAUCAUCAUCUGAAUGUCCAGGUGAUGUCAACGAGGAGAAAGGUUUAUUAACCCACUGCGAGGACAAACAAGAUCUUGAUAAACCCAUUACACCACAAAUCAUGAAAAUGGACAGCAACAGUAUACAAAUAGUUCCUCCACCUUUAAUUGUGAACGAUUAUCUAACAUUAAGUUCACCACCAACAUAUUCCCGCCUGCCACCCGAUGGUCAUGAAUUCCCUCCAAAUUUCUCCGAACCAUUAAUAAUGCCAGCAGCGAAUUUAUUAAAAGCCACCCUCCUAACAUCGAUGACAACAACAACCACAAUGACAGGCACAAAUACAAGUAGUACAGUUUAUACAGAAAAAUUAAUAACACGAACACAAACCUCCACAACAUCAUCAUCUUCAUCUUCACCUCCAGUUUUAGAAGAUCAACAACAACAACAACAAACGAAAAAAAUGAUCAGCAAUGGUGAUGACCAACGACCGCCAUUGCCAAAGUCAGGGCCCCCGCCAACAGUUCCUAGAAAAGUCUAUCGCCAAGACUUGGUUAUCAGUGUUGAUGACACACGGCCCGAUAAAGAAGAAAAGAAAUACAUUCACGUUGAUACAACUCCACCAAGCCCUCCGGUGUCCGCCAAGUCGGUCUACGAAAACCGUUUACAACAAAAGACCACACCAACAACACCUCCCUCAACUCCCUUGGAUGCCCCAUUUGAAUACAAAAGACCCUUUAGCACUGGUCGCAAGCUUAGCGAUUGGCGAAAAGAUGAAAAGUCUGAAAAGUCGGUCCGUGAUAAAAUCGCCAUGUUCUCGAAUGAUGAUCAAGAACGUAGCCCAAAUAGCAGUAGCAAUUCAAGCUUCUCCUCAAGAUCCGGCAAGCCUUUAAAUCUUAGCACAGAAAAUCUAUUAGAUUCAGGAAGUCGAUAUAGCCAAGCUCCACCAUUAACCAAACGGGCCAUGAGUGUGGAAAACCUAAACGACGUUAGCCGCAAUUACACACGAACACAAUCACACAAUCUUUCCGAUUCUAUGUAUUCCCUAAACACAAUUAAUACUGAUUACAAUCAAAAUUAUGCCUCCUUACCCCGCCGUCAUGUGCCUCAUUUAGAGAGACGUAUAAGUUUCUCCGGACAGCCAUAUGCCCCGGAUGAGGCUACCCGCAAAGCGGCCAUUACGAAUAUAUUGGAGCAACGACGUCGCUCAAUGUCCAAGCUGAGAGGCCUGGUCAUACCCGAGAGACCCCAAAUCCCAAUGUCCAACCUUGAACCAAUCCUAGACUUGCCAGAGAUUAAGAGUAGAGACAGUGAAAAGGUUAAAUUAAAUGGCAAUAUCGAUUUAUCUUUAGGUGCUGCUGCCCCGAAACCUGCUAAACGAAGUGAAAUUGGUACCAAUCCGGCUUUAAGACCCCUAACAGUGACAACAGGCAAUAAUACAGCUAAUAUUGUUGCAAAUAACUAUAAAAGCAUCUUUAGCAAUGGCAGCCAUCGUUUAUCGAACAAUGUCCACCCGAGAAAAGCUGAAAGUCCUAUUCAGCCCCCAGCUAAGCCCCCAAGGACAUCACUUUCCAUUAGUAAACCAACUCAACCGGAAGAAAGUGAUAGUGAUUCGGUUUUCAGUUCGAAGAUAUCUUCACCCCCAAUGUCCCCAUGUGUUCCGGUUGUACCGGAGAAAUUUGCUCUAACUAGGACCCUAAGUUCCGAAACUAACACCUCGAUUGCAAGUUCGACAGCUUCGACUUUGACUUCGGGAUCGGGUUCACAGGCAAGUUGCAGCUCAGUUGGCAGCACUCCAACUGUGGAUAUGUCCCGUAGGGUCUUGAAAUCUGGUUCGGGAGACUCUGCAUCAAACCGGAAGAAUGUUUUAGCUUCUGCCAAGUGUCGAAGUGGCCGUGAUGAUUCGUCAGCAUUGGUCAGAAAUCGCCGUUAUGAAGAUGAAGACAGUACAGAUGGCUAUGAUGAAGAAGAAGUUCGUAGGGCCCCGAAAUCUAAACCCCGUUCGACACUAAUUGUGCCAAACAAAGUUAUCCCCGUUUCAGCUCCAAUUAACUACAAGCUUGUCUCUUCUAAAGACGAUAGCUUGGUUGAUAAGGUUAUCAAUGUUGCAGCUUAUGUAGAAGUGACUUCGGACACUGAUGACAGUAGUCGAAAAUCAGAUUCGUCACCAUCGAAAGUCAGUGCCAUUUUCAUUGAUGAAGAACGUAAAGCUAGUUUCAAAGCUGAUCCAAAUCAGAAAGCUACCACGAAGAGGCGGUCUUCACCUCCACCAGUGGUGACUCCAGUUGUGACAGCUAAAAAGUCUUCGGAUACUACCGAUAUGGCAAAUUGGGUUAAGAAAGAAGCAGGCAAGGCUAAGAUAGAGAGCAUGAGGAAGUCUGAAACUAUCAGUAAGACCUCAUCAACUAUUGAAACCAUCAAGACUUCAUCAUUAUCUUCAACAGCUAAGAAUAAAAUUUCCACAGCUGAAAUCCGUGAGAGGUUUGAACAACGUUCAAUGACUCAGACCUCUACCUUAUCUUCACCACCUAUUACAACUUCGUCAGGCUUUGGAAAGUCUUCGUCCCCCAAGGAAAAAUCAAGCUAUCAUGAAAGAUUCUCUUCAUUGGAUUCAAUUGCUUCAUCAUCUUCGGGAGUUUCAUCAAGUACGCAGAAUUUCACUUCAUCCAAUCAAGAGACCCCAACUGAGUUUGGCAGCUUUUCAUCACUUGGCAGUAAUCAGAGCUUGAUCACUGCUCAAGAUAUUCAGCUUAUCAUCGAGGAGGCUGAUCCUCCGCUAAAGACUCCUGAGGCAUUUAUUGUUGUACUGCAAAGGGAAACUCCUGAGAGCAGUAUUGGAAUCACCCUGGCUGGUGGAUCUGAUUAUGAAGCCAAGGAGAUUACUAUUCAUAAAAUCCUCACUAAUACCCCAGCAGCUAAAGAUGGACGUCUGAAAAAGGGUGAUCGUAUUUUGGCAGUUAAUGGCAUGAGUAUGAGAGGUCUAACUCAUCGGGAAUCGAUUUCUGUUCUUAAGACCCCUCGUCCAGAAGUUGUACUCGUUGUUACUCGUUCUGAAUCGGUUAUAGUCAAACCGUUGUCCAAAAAGCGGUCCUCAUUGGGCUCUUUAUCAUCGUUAACAGAAAAACCUUUGAUGGAUAGUGCUGAAUUGGAACGAAAACGCAACUAUCACAAAGCUUCACGAUCGCUUGAUUUGGAUUUAGAUAUUGUAUCGAAUGAAGGUUCAAGUCCAAAACAAAGCACAUCGACAAGUCCACAACCAUUAGUUGUGGGUAGUCCGGAAGCAACUACAGCUUCAACAAAAUCUUUAUCAUCGUCGGCAGCACUAAUUCGCACAAGAAGACAACAGUCACGUGGCGAUGCAUCGAAAUUGAGCACAAGUGAAUUGUUGGAACGUGCCGCUGAAACUAGAAAUAUGUUGGCAGCGGAAAUUCGUUCACAAGAAGAGAACACAACAACCGGUGCUAGGACUGUAGAAAUAGUUAAAGACAGUUGUGGUCUUGGCUUUUCAAUUGAAGGUGGCUUUGAUUCGCCAUUGGGCAACCGCCCAUUAAUAGUUAAGAAGAUUUUUAUGGGUGGUGCUGCACAAAAAUCUGGAUUGGUUAAAAAUGGCAAUGAAAUUUUAUUCAUCAAUGGUGCAUCCACAGCAAAGAUGACCCGAGUUGAUGCAUGGAAUUACAUGAAACAGCUCCCAAUGGGACCAGUCAAAAUUGUUUUAGCAUAAAUAUAAUUUACUUUAAAUAUUAAACAAUAUAUACAAAAAAAAAAUGUUAUUUCUUAAUUUUAUUUAAAAUUAAUCAUUUAAUUUAAAGUUUUUUUUUUAAUAUUAUUCAUUUAAUUACUUACAAAAAAAAAACUUAUACAUUAUAAAUAUAAAUGAUUGUAUUGCUAAUUUUUUUAUUGUCACGUAUACAAUUAUAAUUAAAAAAAAUAUAUAUCAAUUGAUUUGUCAUUAUCAUUAACAAAAAAUUAUUUAGUUUUUAAAAUAUUUUUUUUUCUAUAUAAAACUCUUGCCAUUAGAUUUUUCAUUUAUGGCUAAGAAUUUUCAUUUUGUAAAAUUACUUUGCAUUUAUUUUGGCCUUUAAAAAUGCAUUUAAUACAUAAU